AUGGCCGAGGCAAUGAAGAACGAUACUACUACUAUCAAUAACAUGAUGAACACGCCCAUAGAAAACGCGGCCAACAACAACAUCAACAAACCCAAUGACGCCGUUGCCGUCUUGCUUGCUACUGUCGUGGCGAUGUCCAUGGUGAAGAAAGGACAACAAGGACGACGAUCCACUAGCAAUGACGGUCGAAAGGAGCUCAUGUUCCAGCCUCACCACAAGAAUGUCCAUGGUGACACAGCGUUGGUUGGCGGUGCCGAAUACCCGCUGUAUGAAACCAUCAACACUCCAGCUCAAGUCGCGGCACGACGACUUUUCAAGGCUGUCCGCCCACUCAAGGCAGCCACCACCGUCGUCAAGGUGACCAUGUUCCAGCCUCACCACAAGAAUGUCGAUGGCGACACAGUGUGCGUUGGCGGUGCCGAAUUCCCGCUAUACAACACCAUCAGCACUCCAGCUCAAGUCGCGGCACGACGACUUGUCAAGGCUGUCCGCCCACUCAAGGCAGCCACCACCGUCAAUGACCAGGAGAAUGUCGUCGCUGACCAACAACAACAACAAGUCAAGGCUGUCCGCCCACUCAAGGCAGCCGCCGCCACUGUCGUAGUCGAGACUGUCGAAGAGGACGACGACUUCGAGGCCACUGCAGAUGAGAAGAUGACGAAGACUUCUUCUGCCAUGGAUGCCUAUGGCCCUGGUGCAAUGGUCCUUUACAUUGCUCCCAGUGUCCAACAACAACAACCACAACAGGCCGCCGCCGCUCAGACUGUGGAAGAGGAGAGCAAGCAAGCCAUCAUCAAGACUGUUGAAGAGACUGAUGACGACAACAACAACAAACCCGCGAUGGAUCCAGUGGUCAUCGCCAACAACAACAAUCAGUCGGUUGUCGUCGAGACUGAAGAAGAGGACGGCAACAACAACAAACCCGCGAUGGAUCCAGUGAUCGUCGCCAACAACAACAAUCAGCCGAAUGUCGUCGAGACUGAAGUAGAGGACGAUGACAACAACAAACCCGCGAUGGAUCCAGUGGUCGUCGCCAACAACAACAAUGAGCUGAUUGUCGAUUUGGACUCGAUGACUGAUGAAGAGCUGAUGAACUCGAUGGAACCAUUCUCGGAAUACGUCCAAGACUUUCAAACCGUGCCAGCCAAGUUGAAGAAGGCACCUACAACCAAAGGAAAGACGAAGAAGAAGGGCCAAAACCGACGAGGAUGGGGGGCAUGGGCCACCAGACGCUGGCAACAAGAAGGCUACGGGCGACAGUCGAAACAGCGCAAUGUCCCAGGGCGAAACCGAAAGGGACGCCGAGUGGUUUUCGAUGAAAAGGUGAAUUGCAUCGUCCACCACAAGCCGUCUGCCGAGCGAAAGCUGACAACCAGAAACUGCAAUACAAUUUACCGCAAGGUCGACUACCAUCGUGGUAUCGUCGAAUGUGCAGUGAAAGCCAAUGGAGGAGAGCUUCUUAACUGCUUCCCUGGCCUGAAACAAGCGGAAUGGCGCAAGAUCCGCGAUGAAGUCGCUGCGGCGCGUGUCGACUUCAUGUUGUACAACUUGGCGGCCCUUCUCUGGAGAGUUCCACUCUUCUUGAUUGGGUUCGUCAUUGGAAAGCGAACAUUUGGCGAAAUGUUCUGCAAGAAACUGACACCAUGCAUCCGGCGGGAUACAUGA